AAGAUUAUCAAAAUCUAAAUGCAUGUCAAAUGCGUGAAGCUAUUAUUUUUCUUUUUUUCCCUUAAUAUAUAAAUGAUAUGGAUAUCUAUUAGAGUAUCUAUAUCUAUUAAUUAAUAUCAUAAUAAUUAAAUAACUAUGUUAAUCAUGACUUAGAUAAUUACCUAUUUUCUCUCUUCUCUGACCACAAUGUAUAUAUAUACUUAUUUAGCACAUCUACUCCUUUUUGAGCUCAAAGGUUAAGGAAAAUGAUGGAAUCUUUUAUCUUCUCUGAUGUCAAGAUUCAGAAAGAGUUGGUGAAUAAAUUUUUGUUUAAUCAAUGUUUUAUAGAGUUAUUAUUAAAUUAGUAUCUAAUUGGGCAUAGUGGACAAGCCAGCUUUAACAUUUAAUACUUAAAAAUGAGAUUGUAAUUGCAAAUUGCAACGAGAUUCAGAUCUUGUAAAAUCUAAUAUUGAUAAAAAGUUUCUACCUUUUGUUGUAAUUUUGCCUGCUUUAAAAAAAGUGUACAUGCUAUUCCCCCCUCAAUAUUUGCCUUUGUCACCCGUGUUCCUUUUUUGACACUUUUUUUCUUUUUCCAGUUUCUUGGAUGUCCUCGAGUAUAGCCACACUUUUGCAGUUGUUAAACUUUUUGGACAUAAUCCUAAAUAUUUAAACUUUACUGGCUCGAUUAGUUAUAUUUUCAUUUGAUAUUUAAUUAAGAGUGGAGAAAUCUCAUUCAUCUAGACAGUUUUAUAUAGUACUGUAGAUAUAAGAGAAGACAUGAAUUUCACUAAAUUAAACUUUUAAAAAAAUAUGGUAUUAUGUUUCUGUAAAAAGAACCUAGCUAAUCGAACUCCUUUUUCCAAAUUAAUUAGAAGUUUCACACUAGCUAUCGAUCUGUACGAAACACUAAUAUUUGGAAUUUGUAGUAUUCCCCUGAAAGUGAAACAAGUUCUGUUCGUUAUAGUGGGAUCUAGUAGUUUGCAAUAAAGGAACUUAAUUAUCCCAAAGUCAGCUUAAUCCCACUAUCCAAAAUUGACGGCAAAAAGUAGAAAAAAUCAUCAACAACUACUGUAAAAUUCUUGAGAAUUUUAACUUACAUCCUCGUUUGAAAAACAAUAACAAUAUUGGAAGUAUGAAAGACUUUGAUAAUUCAAUGUUGAUUUAAAAAAAAAAGUAAAGUAUGAAGAAGAUGAGGCAAGUCUCGCUUCAAUAGACAAGCAUGAAACUUCCAGUUACUUUUAAUUUUUUUAAAAAUAAAAUUUAAUUAAAGAAAAAAUUAUUUUCUAACUUCCCAAAUAGUAAUAAUCAUUUUUGGAUGCUUCCAAUUCCUGUAAUUUUUUAUGCUGACCAGCCAUUGACAUAGUAGCAAAAGUUCACAAAUGUCGAGAAACCUGCUCAAAUAAACUAGUAGUUUUAAAACUGGAAACUUCUUUUAUCUCUCAGCAUUUUGUUUGUUACUUUGAAUAUCAUUCUACAAGUUUAGACAUCCCACAGUAAUUGAUGCUUUCUUUUAACAUUCAUUUCCCUGUCUUUUAGCUCUUGGAACCUUCUUUUCAUUAUGCAAAAUUUCUGUCUUCUUGAGGUUGAUGUCAAUGGACGAGAAAUAUUCUUGGUGGACAAGACUAUUCUUGCAUCUUUCUCUGGGAGAUUAAGAAAACUAUUCAGUAAGUUGACAGGGAAAACUACAAGGUUGAAAUUAAUUUUCGACAAAUUUCCAGGAGGUGCUGAGUGUUUUGAACACAUUGUUAAGUUUUGCUAUAAUGGUGGUACCAUAAAGAUAACUCCUUUUAACAUGUUUCAACUACAUUGUGCUGCCAAUUACCUUGAAAUGAAUCAACAAAUGCAGCAGGGGAGACCAAGUUUGGUUGAGCAAACUAUUUCUUUUUUCGAAAAGAUUCAUUACAUGACAUGGUCUGAGCUGAUUAUUGGUCUGAAAAAAUGCCAAGAAUUGAUCUUUUUCAUGCCAUCUUCCUCUUUACUACAACAGUUCAUGGAUUGUGUGGUAGGAAGGCUUGAACUUCAUUACAUUUCUAGUCCAUGUGCAUCUUCUACCGACAAUUCGUCCAUGCAGUUUUCAGGUGACAUUAGUACAGAAAGCAGGGGAAUUUACCCUUGUCAAGCAACCUGGUGGUUUGCACAUCUUGGAUUCUUGAAACUUAAUAUGUUCAAGAUGAUUAUAGACACAAUGAUUUCUAAGAAAUUGGAUCAUCAUGUGAUAUCUUCAUUCCUGUUUUAUUACAAAAGAAUGAAAUGUCUAAAUGCUUCAUCAGUUCAGAAAUGCAGAAUCAUUGAGACAGUUAUCAAAUUCCUUUAUUCUCUUGAUAGCAACUUCGUCUCUAUUAGAGGUCUAUUCGACAUUCUUCAGGCGUCUUUUACCUUAAAAAUGAGCAAAUGUUCAAUAGAGAAAUUAGAACAUUUAAUUGGCUCCCAGCUAGAUAGAGCUAAAUUGGAUGAUUUGCUUGUUCCUUCUCCAGCUGGUGAAAAAAUUGCUUACAAUAUCAAUCUAAUUCUUAGGUUGGUGGACAUAUUCCUCUCCACUAACCGUGAAAAAAUAUUAAUGUAUCAAGUGAAGAAAGUUGCUGAGUUAAUUGAUGUGUAUACCAUAGAAGUGGCCCCUGAUCCUCGUCUUAAACCUUCAAAGUUCUUGGCAUUGGCCAUGGCUAUGCCGGAUAUUGCAAGAGAAUCAUAUGACAACAUUUAUAUUGCCAUAGAUAUGUACCUCAAGGUACAUAUUAAUGUUUUAUGUGAAGAAGAAAAGAUAAAGAUAUGUUGUGUGCUGAACUAUGAGAAGCUCUCUGAAGAAACUCAGAAGGAAGCAGCUCAAAAUGAAAACUUUCCAGCUUGUGCAGUAGUCACACUGCAGAACAGGCUCAAAUAUUCAGACACGAGGACUUCAAAUUUUUCUUAAAUAUUUGGUGAUCAUAUGAAUCAAUGUAGUCUUUCAAAAUCAAGCAGUGUAAUGUAUAUAUUAGUCUUUAACAAUAUAUGUAGGGUGUUUCUUUAAUUACUUCUUUCUUCUCAAUUUAUGUUAAGCAUCAUUUUAUCAAUGUUAAA